AUGUCUCUUCCUCCCAACUUUAAGCCAUUUCUCUUCCUUUUCUUCUCCGCCGCCACCUUGCUCUGCCUUCAGACAACGCAUGCCACGACUGUCACGCAGCUCCCCGGCUUCCAUGGCCCCCUUCCCUUCCGUUUGGAGACUGGGUAUGUUAGUGUGGAUGGAAGGAUGGGCGUGGAGCUGUUCUACUAUUUCAUAGAGUCGGAGAGUGAGGCUGGCAAAGACCCUGUCCUCCUUUGGCUCACCGGCGGCCCUGGCUGUACUUCUUUCUUCGGGUUGUACCAAGAGAUUGGUCCCAUGAAAUUCAACCGCAUACGUUAUAAUGGUACUUUGCCAAAUUUAAUUUACCAUCCUUACACUUGGACAAAGAUGUUCAGCAUAAUCUUCUUGGACUGGCCAACUGGUACUGGCUUUUCAUUCUCAGAACGCCAUGACAACCAAAUGUUAAACGAUUACCAAUCUGUAGAACACAUAUACACUUUCCUUAAAAAGUGGUUUGUUGAUCAUUCAAAUUUCGUCUUGAAUCCAAUGUAUAUUGGAGGAGAUUCAUAUGGUGGCAAGAUGGCCGCACUUGUCUCUUAUAGGAUCGCUCAAGGAAUUGAAGCUUCUGACCAGCCAUUACUCAAUUUCAAGGGGUAUUUAAUUGGAAAUCCAAGAACUGGAAUUGAUGAAGUCGACAUCAACCCAAGAGUCGCCCAUGCAUAUGAACUCGCUGUCAUAUCGCCUGAACUCAAGGAGAUGAUAGAGACCAACUGCGUUGGGGAAAAUUAUAGGUUUCCAAGGACUGCUGGUUGCACUGCAAAACUCCAAGUCCUUCAAAAGUUUCUUGAUGAAAUUCUGAUUGAUAAUGUACUUAGUCGGAAAUGCGAUGACCAUAUUGUGGAGUCAGCAAUGUCAGAUUCUGAUCUCAACUGCCCAGGAACUGUGAAAAAUUGGAUCGCAUGCGACCUCAAGUUGAAGAAGGUUUACAUGGAGAACAUUGACAGCAUUUUGCCUUAUCUCCAUAGUCUGCUAACUCGAGGAUACAGGGCUUUGGUCUACAGUGGGGAUCAUGACCUUCAUAUUCCGAGCAAGGGCACAAUAGCUUGGAUAGAAUCUCUUAAUUUCAAAGUCACCGAGGCUUGGAGAUCAUGGAAAAUAAACGGCCAAGUUGGAGGAUACACCGUGCUUUACUCGAACAAUCUAACAUUUGCUACAGUGAAGGGUGGAGGACAUGAGGCUGCACAAGACAAACAAAAGGAAUGUUGGACUAUGUUGAAGAGGUGGAUUUCUUAUGAGCCUCUCUAGAGGGGAUUUAUUUAUUGGAUGAAGCAUAAGAUUGAUAGAUUUUAGCUACACUUU